UUCGACAGCUUAGAUAAGCACACACAAUGGGGAAUUGAUUUCUUGGAACGAUAUGCCAAAUUUGUUAAAGAAAGAAUAGAAAUUGAACAGAACUAUGCAAAACAGUUGAGGAAUCUGGUUAAGAAGUACUGUCCCAAGCGAUCGUCUAAAGAUGAAGAGCCAAGGUUUACCUCUUGUAUAGCCUUCUAUAACAUCCUCAAUGAGCUAAAUGACUAUGCAGGACAACGAGAAGUGGUAGCAGAAGAAAUGGUGCAGAGAGUGCAUGGUGAAUUAAUGAGAUACGCCCAUGAUCUGAAAACUGAAAGGAAAAUGCAUCUCCAGGAAGGACGAAAAGCUCAACAGUACCUUGACAUGUGCUGGAAACAGAUGGAUAAUAGUAAAAAGAAAUUUGAAAGAGAAUGUAGAGAGGCAGAAAAAGCACAACAGAGUUAUGAACGAUUGGAUAAUGACACCAAUGCAACCAAGGCAGAUGUUGAAAAGGCUAAACAGCAAUUGAAUCUUCGUACACAUAUGGCUGAUGAGAAUAAAAAUGAAUAUGCUGCACAGUUACAGAACUUUAAUGGAGAGCAACAUAAACAUUUCUACAUAGUGAUUCCUCAGAUUUACAAGCAACUACAAGAAAUGGAUGAACGGAGAACGAUCAAACUCAGUGAAUGUUACCGAGGAUUUGCAGACUCAGAACGCAAAGUUAUUCCUAUCAUUUCUAAAUGCUUGGAAGGAAUGGUUCUUGCAGCAAAAUCUGUUGAUGAGAGAAGAGACUCUCAAAUGGUGGUAGACUCUUUCAAGUCUGGAUUUGAACCUCCAGGAGACUUUCCAUUUGAAGAUUACAGCCAGCAUAUUUAUAGAACCAUUUCUGAUGGGACUAUCAGUACAUCCAAACAGGAAAUUGGGAAGAUGGAUGCCAAAACCACAAUAGGAAAGGCCAAGGGCAAGCUGUGGCUCUUUGGAAAGAAGCCAAAGCCACAGUCCCCACCCUUAACCCCUACUAGUUUAUUCACAUCCAGUACUCCUAAUGGGUCCCAGUUUCUCACAUUCUCCAUUGAGCCCGUGCAUUAUUGUAUGAAUGAAAUAAAAACAGGCAAGCCCAGAAUUCCUUCUUUCAGAAGCCUCAAAAGAGGGUGGUCGGUGAAGAUGGGUCCAGCACUAGAAGAUUUCAGCCAUCUGCCACCAGAACAGAGACGUAAAAAGCUACAGCAGCGCAUUGAUGAACUUAACAGAGAACUACAAAAAGAAUCAGACCAAAAAGAUGCACUCAACAAAAUGAAAGAUGUGUAUGAGAAAAAUCCACAAAUGGGGGACCCUGGAAGUUUGCAGCCCAAAUUAGCAGAGACUAUGAAUAACAUUGAUCGCCUGCGAAUGGAAAUUCACAAAAAUGAGGCUUGGCUCUCUGAAGUUGAAGGCAAAUCAGGUGGGAGAGGAGACAGAAGACACAGCAGUGACAUAAAUCAUCUUGUAACACAGGGGCGAGAAAGUCCUGAGGGAAGUUACACUGAUGAUGCAAACCAGGAAGUCCGUGGGCCACCCCAACAGCAUGGUCUCCACAGUGAGUUUGAUGAUGAAUUUGAAGAUGAUGAUCCUUUGCCUGCUAUUGGACAUUGUAAAGCUAUCUACCCUUUUGAUGGACACAAUGAAGGUACUCUGGCAAUGAAAGAAGGUGAAGUUCUGUACAUUAUUGAGGAGGACAAAGGCGAUGGAUGGACAAGAGCUCGGAGACAGAACGGUGAAGAGGGCUACGUCCCCACAUCAUACAUAGAUGUGACUCUAGAGAAAAACAGUAAAGGUUCCUGAAGAGGGUUUCUGAGGAAAUGGGCAAGAUGUUGAAGGAGGUUACAUGCAGCUGCUUUUGGGGGGAGGGUAUUAGACUUUUCAGGCUCUAAAAGAGAGUGAGAGAAGCAAGUUGCAUGAGUGCAUGCAGACAUGAUUAUUUUUCACUAACUUCAUUAGCAUUUCCAUACUUUGUGUUUAAAAAAAAAUCAUUUUAAUACCAAUCCUUAAACUCCUAGUUCACAAUUAUUCACAUGAAAGGAAAAAAGAAAAAGAAGGGGGGGAAAAAAGCCAACAGUGGCUGACCUUUUUUUUUUUUUUCCAUAUCAGAAAGAAUGCAGAGCUGUCUUUAACUUUGUCUUACAAUUUGGCUGUCCCAACAGGACUGCCUUCAUCCAAGCUCUGUUUCAAUUGGCUUUUAGAUCCAUUGUCUUUUAGAAUCCUUGCCAUUUGUCAGUGUCUGCCUGCGCCACCUCCAUGCUCGCUUAACAUCCUGUUGCAUGUCUAGAGUGAUUGGCUAGAUUUUUUUCAGGCAUGUCUUUAUAAUCCCUUGUUCUUGUCAAUGCCUUUGUUAUGUUUUAUGUUAGUAGUGCAAAUCACUUUGUCAAAACAUAUUCAGCACUAAUGUUUCCAUCCUAGUAUUUGUGUACGCUGCUAUAAACUUCCCCACUACAAAACAUUGCAGUUUUGGCAUUAUGAAGAAGUAGUCUGUGAACCUGAACUAUUUAUGAUAAGAAAAAGAAAACAUCUCUGCUCUAGCCUACAGCCCAGUUGAAAGAACACUUUGAAACGUAAUACAUCUUCAGCACCUCAGUCUGGGAAGAAUAUAUAGUCAGCACUGAAAUCUUGGCAUAAUAGACACAGAAGAUACUCACCACCUCAAGACAAAGGACUGUUUUCAGAAGUCAGCUGCUUCCAUUCAAAUGCUGCCUUAAACUAGAGUGCCUAAAUCUGUUGAUUGCCAACUCUACCACUACAGUAUCCCAACAAAAGGGCUUAAUGUGUCAGCUCAGUGCGACCUCCUUUCACUCUGCACCUCUGCUGCAGCUGCCAGAUGUAGCCUCGGUAGGUGGCUUUGAGAGCUCCACCAUGUACGAUGGUGCAUCUUCACAUUUGUGCAUCAAACUCAAGACAUCUCCAAAUCCAUUUACUUUACUCAGUGUUUUUAAGAAAAGUUUUAUGGAUCCUCCCCAUUGUCUUUUAAUUUGGGGUUAUGAAGUCUUCAUUUGAUUAUUAACAAUGAUAGUCUGUUUCCAAGUGAUGAUUUUGUUUGAACCCAGAUAAAAUUUAGUGAAACUUUGUAAUGAUCUCUGUGCACUUUUAAUUGUAAAAUGGAAACUUCUGUAUGUUAAUACUGUAAAUAUAUUUGUUGUUAGUGCCCCUAUUGCUCAUUUUGUCCUGCCUUGAAUUUGUGAUUCUGUUAAUGACUUGUAUCUUAACUAAUUUCUUAGUGAUGUUGUAAUAGAGAGACGGGGGUGGGGGUGGGGGAGUAUUUGUAUCAAUGAAGCUUCAUUAAUUUGUUCCUUUACUGUUUUGAGGGGAGAAAGAGAAUGUGAAAUGUUCUGUGUAUUAUUGGAUUUUAAGCAAUAUUUUAGAAGCUGUGUGACUGCUUUUAAUCAUUUUCCCCCCAGUGUUAUUUGAAUCUUACUGCCAGUUAUACUAAAGCUGGAUGACAAAUGUGUGAGCGUUAAUGCCUUCAUGAGAUCAAGUAUGCCACUGUUAAACGGCUGACAUAGAGUGCAUUACCUGUGAGGCUAGUAAACUAUCAAGUUUUAGAUUUGAAUCUCGUUACAGGGUUAUUUAUAUAAUGUGACAUUAUUCAAUACUGACAGACUACGUGAAGUAGUUUUAAAAUCUAGUGCUAUUUUUAUUUUAAAGGUUAGCAAUGAGGAGGAAAUGUGAUCUGGCUGUGUUUGUCUUCUAUACAAAGCCUGAAGUGCUUGUAUUUUUUGGCUAACAGCCACAGAGGGCAAAGUUUAAGGCUUUCUUGUAAGGACUAACUGUUCUUUUCAAGCUACUGUUUGUUUUUGUAAAAGCAGGAUUUGCUUCCGUAGGAGGCAAGUUCCUUCACGUGGAAUCGUGCAACCUGUAUAUGGGUUAUUACAUUUGUACUUGCACAGUUAAAAUCAUUCUUAAAUCAUUCUUAAAUUUUGAACAUGUGGAUUGUCCCAAGAGAAAUCUUUAAUUUUUCAGUAAUUUCUAAUCUCUUUGUGCACAUGUUGAUUUCUUAAUGGUAAAUGCUUUGUUUAAGAUAGUGUUCUUGGUUGAAAAUAUUUUCAUGGAAUAAAACAAUCUUUUCAAUGGUCAGUU